AUGCCGCGCCCGAGGAAACCCGAGCUGGAGGGAAAAGAGGUGAAGAAACGGUCGCGAAAUGGUUGCUGGCCGUGCAAGUCGCGCAAGGUGAAAUGUGGGGAAGAGAAGCCGGCAUGCAUGAACUGCCAACGGCAAGGCGAAACAUGCGACUACAGCAUCAGACUCAAUUGGGACGGUCGCACGAAAGCGAAGAAAGAGGACGGAAAGCCUGGCACCCAAAUGAUAUCCUUCUCGCCUUCACCAUCGGCCAUGUCCAAACGAGGUCCUCCGAGUCCUGAACUGAAUGGCCAUAUGGGCCUCGCGGGCUUGUCGCCCAUGCCGUCAGCACACAGUCCUAUGCCGGCCAUGCUACAACCAGCACCUCUGCAAGAGUCUGCGAUGCCUCCGAUGCCAUUGUAUGCGAACAACCUCGUCCUACCGACUCCCGAAUACCAGCCGCCCGUUCAGCCGAGUCCUCCGAUCCUGAGGAACCCGUCGUGGGGCGAGAGUCGCAGUAAUGGCACAUUUCAGGCCACCGGCUCGAUACAGCAGCAAUUGAGGAACUCGCCCUAUCCAUCACCACAAGAGAGCGGCUUUGGCAGUCCCGGAUUGAAUGCAGCGAUGUACAAUCCCGCCUACUCGAGUCAGAUGCCGCCGCCUAUGACCUCGAAUCCAUACGCUCUCGGGGAGUCGGUAGGAUCACCAUUCAAUCCUGCGAAGCGAGUUCGCUUGUCACCACAGACCGAUGUCUUCGGCCCUAAUCUUGGACCGCCACGACAGCAUUUCGACAGUCUGAACGCGCCUUCCUUCUUCCCACCAUCCUACAGCCUUAACAAUCCUCUUACGCCUGCCGCAUCAUCGGCUUCAAUCUCACAAGACAAUGACGACCGCCGCAUCUCCGUGAGCUCGCUACUUUCAGACGAUCCUGGCCCGCCCAGCAUGAGCAGCAAGCGGCCGUCGAACAGCACUGACCAGUCGAACCAGUCAGCACCAACUUCAGAACCCGCCGCCAUCCCCAGGCGAGGAUCGCUUCAUCAGCGCAUGAUCUCGUACUCCGAGACCGAGACAUAUGGCCAUGACAGAGGCGCUCCGGACUUCGACAUACCUCGCAACAACGACACAAACGCCAUCUCCGACAGCACUCCCUCAGAGCAUAGCGAGUUCAGCUCGUGGUUGGAAACGGAGUUCGAAGAGCCCGGCUUUGGUUUCGGCACUGCAAGUAGAGAGACUGUGUUCGCCAGCGGCGGCUACUAUGCCAAUCCUGUGCCCAUUAAGAUACCACGAAAGCUGGAGCCUUUGCCGCAGACCUUGUCCGAGAACCCAAUGAACUUGCUCUACUUCCACCACUUUCUCAACCACACCGCUAGGAUAUUGGUUCCUCAUGACUGUCCGGAGAACCCAUUCAAGACCAUUCUACCCAAGAUGGCUGUCGAAAAUCCGAAUCUGCUCAAUCUCAUGUUGGCCUAUUCAGCAUCACACCGAGCCAGACUGCUCAACCAUCCAGAGCCAGCGAAUAGAAUCGCCAUAUGGGUCCACGACGUCUUCCCAGCACUUCGACACACCCUUGAAAAUCCCACCAACGACGAAGUCGGCAAUGCCAAUCUGGCGACAGCGAUUAUGCUCGCCUCCCUCGAGAUUAUUUCACCAUCCAGCUUCGGCGUCUCCAUUCCUUGGCAGAAACACCUGGGCAUAGCUCGCGAUAUCAUCCGCGCCCGUGGCGGUCCUCACUCAGUCUCCCGCAAAGACCCCGUCAUGUACUUCCUGACCCGCUGGUUAGCCUAUCUCGACGUCCUCGGCUCCCUCUCCGGCCGCCGUAACGACGAGCCUUUAUUCGCUGGCAACUACUGGUCCAGCUCACACGACGACGGCGCCUCCGCCAAGGAACUCUCCCUCGAUGACGACGAAGAGGGCGAUGACGAAGAUGACUACACCAUCGACUGCCUCCUAGGCUUCACGACCCGCUGCGUCUCUAUCCUCGCCCAAAUCGCGCUGCUUGCUCGCGAGUGUGAAGCCGACCGCAUCGACCCACAGACAAGUAAAAUCAACACCGAAUGGCGGCCAGGGCCAGAGAUUCUGAAGCGAGCGGAUAAGUUACGCCGCGAUUUGGACCACGCGCGCACGCACGAGCAGAAACAGUGCGCGCAUCAUAGUCCACAGCUGUCGAAAGCGCAGCUAAAUAACUAUGCUCUGAGCCAUGCGCCGCCGGAGAGGAGGUACAGCUAUGUGCACAUGACGGACCAGGAUGCGGAGGAGUCCUUAGCUACUAACUCAGCAUUCCACUGGGCCGGUAUGAUCCAUUUGUUGCGGAGAGUGCAUAAUCUGCCCAGGUCGGAUCCGCAGGUUCAAGACGCGGUACACGAGAUCGUCAAGGUACUAUCACGAAUAAGAGAGCGCGGCUCAGCAGAAGCAUGUCUCCUCUUCCCAACGUUCACGGCAGGCGUGGAGGCGGAAAGCGAAGUCGAUCGCGCGGAAGUACUGGCGCGGAUCAAAGGUGCGGAAGGUCUGGGAAUGUGUCAGGUCAAUCGGGCGCGGAAGAUCAUGGAGCAGGUGUGGCGGAGUGGGGAGAGUUGGGAGAUGUUUGCGCAAGCCGGGGAGUUCUUUGGCUGA